AAAACGGAAUAAAUAAGCUUGCCCGUGCUUCUGACUCUCUUUCCACUUAUCUGGUUUCUUAUCCUUUUUACAUCUCGCCCUUUUUUUCUCGUUCUACGCCUCUGCUUUCGUUGUUGCACAUAUCCGAACCUCACAACCCCGCCAUCAUCAUGUCUGCCAACGACUACUACAACAACGCCGGCGGCAGCGGCGGUUACCCUCAGCAGCAAUACGGCCAGCAGCAGCAAUACGGAGGCGGUUAUCCCCAGCAGCAGCAAGUACCAGCAACACCAGCAGCAGCAGGCCAGUACCCCGGCGCUGAGGGCCAGGACGGCGACCGCGGCCUCGGCGCGACCCUCAUCGGAGGCGGUGCCGCUGCUUUCGCUGCGAAGAAGGCCGGCGGUGGCCUCGUUGGUAGUGGUCUGGCUGCUGUGGGCGGUGCCAUUGCUGCGAACUUGAUUGAGAACGUGUUUGAGAAGCGCAAGGAGAAGAAGGGGGCUGAGAACAUGGCCUACGGCGGCCAGGGCGGACACCACCACCACCACCACCGUGACUAAACGGUGUCGAAUGCGAUGAGGGCGAAUGUGCUUUUUAUACCUCUUGUUAGAAUAUCAUGAUUAUGAGGGGCGUUUUUUCGUAUUAUUAUUUUCUUUGUUUUAUAUGAAAUGAGAAAUUAUAACGACUACCUAUACAUUAUACAUA